AUGAUUGGAAUAACUAUCCUCCUUUUAGCUGUAACAGUCUUAGCCUAUGCUCUUAACUGGGUUUAUAAUAGGACUAAAUAUUGGGAAAGAAAAGGAAUAAAGUGUUUGCCAGCUCUCCCUUUCAUUGGAAAUAGCUUGCCUAUGAUUCUAAGUAGAAGAAAUUAUGGCGAGCUUUUGGAGGAUAUUUACAAUGCAUUUCCUGAUGAACCUGUCGUUGGAUAUCAUGAAUUCCUGACGCCUCGACUCAUCAUUCGAGAUAAUGAUUUGGUUCAAAAAGUAUUAAUAAAAGAUUUUGGACAUUUCGUUGACCAUGGAUAUGAAAUAGAUGAAAAAAAGAAUCCUUUAGAUAACCAACUUUUUAUGAUGACUGGUAAUACAUGGAGGGCAUUCAGGUCAAAAAUGGCUCCUUUAUUUACAUCCGGUAAACUAAAAACCAUGUAUGAUGUUAUGACUGAAGUCGGAGAUAAUUUAUUAGAAUACCUGGAUAAAAAUAAGACAAAUGACAUUGAUCUGCGUGAAGCAAUGGGCUUAUUUUCUAUGGACAUUAUUGGAUCAGCUGCUUUUGGAAUAAAUCCAGGUGUCUUAAAAAAUCCAGAAUCAGAAUUUAGAGCGAUGGGAAACAGAAUUAAUGACCCUGGUUUUAAAAAUCUAAUGAGAAUUUUAUUUUUCUUUACUUUUUCAAAAAUAUCCAAAAAAAUUGGUUUUUCUAUAAUACCGAGAUCAGUAACAAAUUAUUUCUGCGGUAUUAUUAAAAAUGCCAUUGAUUAUAGGAAGAAAGAAAGUAUUCAGAGAAACGAUUUUAUUCAGAUGAUGAUGCAACUUAAGGAAAAAGGACACAUUGAGCUAAAAACCUUGGAUUCCUCUGAUGAUUAUUUAAAAAAUGAGCUUAAUGAUACCAGUAAUGAAGUAUUUGAAAUAACUGAUGAUGUCUUAAUGGCUCAGGCCCAAUCAUUUUUGAUUGCUGGAUUUGAAGCGACAGCUCUUUUGUUAACGUAUGCGAUGCUGGAGAUUAGUCAAAAACCUGAAAUUGAGGAUGCAUUAAGGAAGGAAGUAAUGGAACAAGUUAAACUAACUGCUGGUCUCACUUAUGAAGCUGUGAGAAAUAUGAAGUAUUUAGAACAAACUGUUAAAGAAACUCAAAGGUUUUAUCCUUUGACUCCUUUCCUAGCAAGAGUAUGCACAAAACCUUACACUUUACCAAAUGGGUUUACUAUAGAAAAAGGAGAAUAUAUAGGCAUUCCGGUGGCUGCAAUCCACAAAGAUCCAAACUAUUUUCCUGAUCCAAAUAGCUUCAAACCUGAAAGAUUUGCAGAGCAGCCAAAACCUGGUACAUUCCUUCCUUUUGGAGAAGGUCCUAGAAUGUGUAUAGCUAUGAGGUACGCAAUGCUUGUUGUAAAGUAUGGUCUUGCAUUGUUUCUCUUGAACUACAGAGUCAAGAUAUCUCCUUUAUCCAAACCUCCAUAUAAAUUACUCAAUAGAGCAUUUGGACUUGUUCCUGGUGAAAAAAUAUUAUUUAACAUAGAAAAAAUCAAUGAGCAAUAA